AUGCCGGUGAAGAAUAGAAGUAUCAAAACUUUCUAUAAUCAUAAAUGCAUGCAACCAAAUCCAUAUCGCAUUUUCUGGGAUCUGGAAAUAUUAACCGAAAAGCUAACUCCAGAAGAGAAAAUGAAAUUAACUUCUACUGAGAGGUUGCAGAUGCAUAAACCAUAUGGAUAUUGCUAUGCGGUUAUUCGUAUGGAUAGUUCAUUUAACUAUGAAAUCAUAAGUCAUAAUCUAUAUAAAGGGUCAAAUGCCUUAGAAAAAUUCGUUAAAAGAAUCGAAGGAGAGCUUCUAAAUAUUCAAGAAGAUUUAUCUGCACAAGCUGAAAUUAUUAUGGCACCUGGAGAUCUUAAAGCAUAUAAUGAAGUAACUGAAUGUUGGAUUUGCAAAAAAUCUUUUCUUAAGCCAUUGUCAGAAGCAUUGCAAAAAUUCGAAGAAGCUAAGCACAGAUUAUUAGAAGUCAUCGAAUGGGAAGCAAGCAUGAGAGAAGACCACCCAGAAAAGAAAAAGAUACAAAAAGAAUACCAAGAAGCUUUAAGUGGAUUUAAUUGUAAGAUAAAAGAUCAUGAUCAUAUAAGUGGGAAGUACCAAGAUCCAGCUCAUGAUACUUGUAACAAAAA